UUCGCAAUCCACUUGAAUUGUAUUUAUUAAAUGAACAAUAAUUUUUAAAUUUGCUUUUAAUAAACCAUUUCAAUAAUCAUAAUGGAAUCUUCAAAUAUAAAUAUAAAAAAUUUAACAAAAAUCUCCGAAAAGGAAUUUCAACAGCACUUCCGGGAUUGGAUGGAACGGGAUGAUGUAGCGCGUUCUUUGCAGGCAAAAUUAAGAAAAGAUUUAAUUGCAAAUUUUAAUAAAACUUCCUUAGGUAAACAAAUCAUCGCUCAAACAGGUGUCUCCCAUCGAUUAAACCUUUCACCUCUGCUCCUGGCCUUAAAUACUCUCGCAGCAGAAUUUCUUUAUGCUCAAAACUGCCAUUUCACCCUCUCUGUGUUUUGUACCGAAGUUCCCUACCGUAACACACUGCCUGACUUUGAGAGUGCCCAUCAUUUCCGGUUCAGUGAACGUGAAAUAUUUGAAAUACUUGAUGCACUCUCAAGCAAAAGCAGUAACUUUGAUAUGGACACAAAGCAAUCAAUUUGCAAAGAAUAUAACAAGAAAAAUUAUUCUCUGUUGUUUGUUGUCUUAAAGAAUCUUUUAAGUAUACCAAUGGCGAAGACGAAGUCGAAGUUGAAGGAGAACGGAAACGGAAAGCAACCGAUAGCAUCGAUCGAGGAGGAGGAGGAGGAGAAAGAAGUGCCUCAGAAGUCAUCACAUCGCAUCAUGCCCAAAACAACAGCAUCAGCAACAGCUUCUGAAAAACUUAAUUCAAAAGUUGAAUAUCAAAGCAAGAAUUUUCGAUAUUUAAACAAGUAUUUGAUGAUACUUUCGAGAAAGAUGAAGGAAAUGUCUGUGAAUUUGGAUCUUUUACAAAAACAACAAAACCAUCAUCAUCACGAGUCUGCUCCUAAUGCCAAAACUGUAAAGAAAUCACUUCAAGCGAGAAAAUUUGAAAAUUUAAAUAGAAAUUUGGAAAAGAUAUCUGAGAAUCUAAGGCAUUUGUCUCUAUCGAAAAGGAAGAACAAAAGACUUGCGUCGGUGGUAACAGCUGUCAAUGCUAUGGCAAUGCAAUUUGAAAAGUGUCUUUUGAAUUUUGAUCAAUUGAGUAAAGGAAUAGCCAGAGGAGGUGGUCAGUUGGGUGCUGAAAAAUCUUACAGCGAUUGGAUACAUGAAAUGAGAACCAGCAAUAAUGGGAAACUGUUUUUAGAAAAGAUUGAAUUAUCCUUGCGAAAAGCUAUUCACCGAGAACGAAAUAAAAUGGAGACUGAACUUAAGCAACGAAUGCAAAUUCAAAAAGACAUUCUUAGAUCCAAAUAUAAUCACAAACUUACAGAGGAACUUGCCUUAAGCACAUCGAGAACAAAAAUUGAUAAUUCACAUCAAACAACAAAUGAAAUAUUCGAAAAGAAACUCAACGAGUUCGAAGCCAAACACAAGGAGUUGCAUUUAAAAAUUCAGGAAGCAGAAAAAAGAAUAACUACAGAGUCAUCAGCCAAAAAUGUUCAAUCGGAGGAACUGCAAAAGCCUAAAUCAACACAAACAGCAAACGAUAUUACAUCGAAUUCCAUUCAGAAUCUUGCAAAUGAGCAAAAUCAAAUUCAGCAAAUGAUUAAACAUAUUUCCGACCAGGAACGUCAAGUGGAUCAUAUAGUAUUCGAUGCUAAACUACGCGUCCAAGAGCUGGAACAUGAAAGCAAUCAACUGGAUCGCACAUUCCGCGACUAUCUCGAGAGGCAGCGUUGUGAAAAACUAAAAAUUCGUGAACAUGCCACAUCCAUUUGGCAGAACUAUGCUCUGGGAAAAUCUAUGAUAGAUACAAAAACCAAUUCUCGUCAUCGUUUGACUGCAUCACCAAAAAUGGAGAAACAUCCUGUCAACAUAACCUUUGACCGAACCACCCCACCAGACUUGACAAUUCCCACAAUUAGCAUCGAUGAUGUCAGUGCAACAUUAAUAAGCCCUCCAGCAGAGCCAGUGUUUGAGAAUCCUUUUCGCGUUGCAAAAAGAAAAAUCCUUAAAAGGACCAAGAAAACAUAUUCAAAGCCAUCAGCAGCACCAUUACCAUCAUCACAACAACUGAAACUGCCUCACACAGAUAGCGACGAAGGAGACAACGACGGCGUGGACGAUUCAAGUGCAGAAAAUUGCACUCAAGAUAAGCGCAAACAACGGCCUACAGUGUUGCAAUUGAUUGAACACAAGGACGAAAAGGAAGGCAAAGUGAAGAUGAUUCGCACAAAAAUACCAUCGCUAUUGCCAAAUAGAACUACCAAUGCCAAUAAUGGCAUCAAAUUGACUCCAGCAACCCAACGACAAUCCCGCUCACCAGAGUUUAACAUUGAUGACAUCACUUUGGAUGGCAUCGAGUUAAGUCCGACUACGAAUAAGUCAUCGUCGAUUCGAAGUGGUGAUUCGAAUAGCAGUGCCCGAGGGGUUUUCAAGCUAAAGCGACAACUUUUUGCCACAGAUAAUGCAGUAGAGGCUAAUGGGCGGCAACAGACCCAAACACAGACCCAGACCCAACAAAUAAAUAGUAAUGACGACAACAAAGAACUAAAAGAGUCACUUCCACAGAAGAUUAACAAUCAUCAGAGUGUUGACGAUGUUAAGAAGUCCUACGAAUCCGAAGGACAAGAUAACAAUUUUACUCUGAAACUCUGAAUACAAAAAUAACAAAAACGUACAAUUAAAAGAGAGAGAGAGACGUUGCUGGGAACAUCAACAGGUGCGGUGUCCUUGAAGAUUAUACCAACAGAAGAUGGUGCUACAUUCUAUUACAAAGUUCUCAUCUGAAUAUUCUCAUUACUAAUUCGGCCACAGAGAAAAAGGAUUCAAUUUGAAAAGUAAUGAAGUUAAUAGGCAACAAGAUCUAACUUAUUUUUUUGAAUACCUUCAAAGUGAAAGUUUCACGAAUUUGUAUGGUUUUUGGACGACUUCAGGGCGUUUAAAUAAUUAAAUAAAAAUUGCUGGAUUGCAGCAGGACUGUCUUCCUACUCUCAAUAGGUCGAAAGCUAAACAGCUUUGUUUUUUGGUGGGACCUUUUCUUUCUCUAAAGAAAUGUUACUUGUGGAUAUCGAUUGGUCAUUCAAAGACUUUUGUCACUAGAAAAAACCACGAGGCAUGUCGUCAGAUCAAAUUUAGAGUCACAUACAAUCCCUGAAACAUAUUAUACCGCCUUAGGUAAGGAAAAAACAAACUCACACACACCAAAUAAACUUUCUCAGGAAAUUGCCAUAGGCUUGAUUAAUUUACCAAAAGAAUAAUUGAAAAAAAGACAGAACGUAAAUACACAUACCUACCCCCUAGAGCCUCAUAUACACCAAGAGUAAUUAGUUGGCCUGGAAAACCCAAGGCCAAAUUUGAACAAUAAACUUACCUCCUGUAAUUAAGGAAAGUUAUGGACAAUAAAUGAGCAACAAAUUAAUAGUAAUGGCGACAAGGAACCAUUGAAGCAGUAACAGCAACAGCAACAACAGCAGCAAUAGCAUAGAAACAUAGCUUUUGGGUGUAGCUGUAAGGUAAACGUCCGAACGUCAUCUUCGUCGUCGUCGUCGCACCGUGCGUUGUUGGAAAAGAAAUUCCUGGUCGACCGGAUGAAAUAAAUGGGUGGGCAGCAUAGAGAUGGCAUUGUACAAUGGACAGGGUAUAAUAAAAGCUUUGUGUAGUACAUCCGUACAUUGUUUCUGAAUGUACACAAAGAGGUGUUGAGUUGCAGCACCUGUAGUUCUGUAGUUCAGUAUUAAAUCUUGAAAACGAAAAGACAAAAUACCUACUCGCUCUCUCGGUAUUUCAGUUCUUCUGGUUUCGAAGAUGCUAAAGGAAAAAGUGAAGAAAAUAAGAUGAAUCGUUAAUAAAGUGAAUACAAUUGUAGAGGUACUCGUACCUAUGGUGUAUUUGGUAUAGAAUUUAGUGAAGCUGAAUUCUUUUAAUUUGAGCUAUGGAACAUUUAUUUAAUCGAUUUUUUUUUGUUUCGACUGAAAGAAAAUUCAAUCAUUUGAAAGAAUUGCAAAAUUGAAAGGAGGACUUCGUAUUGAAGUUGUCAAAAGGAAACUUAGGAGGGUAUCGACAAAGGGAAGAAAAUUCGUGUUACGUAUUUUAUUAUAAUGAUAAUGAAUUGCCAAUUAAGUGAUAUCUAUCUUUAAGGAGGUAGGAGUACAUUACAGUUGUUCUUAUUGCGUAAAAGUUUCGUUGAACUUGUCAUGCAAUACAAAAUUGGAUAAGUUUUAAAUUUCAAAUUCAGUAAGGUAUGCCAAAAACAAUGAAGGAAGUAUUCUUACCAUCACAGGUGUCUUGAGAGUUGUCAAAAUGGAGAUCAGUAAAGGUCAUGACGAAUUGUUCUUAGGUUCCUUUAC